AUGGUUGCCAUAGGGAAGCAGCGUGAGGAGGAUGUCUCGGAGCCCAUCUUGGAGACUCUGAUCCAAAACGACUGUACCCCGUGGUACAAGAAGCCGAACCUGAGGAACCUGUAUCUGAUUCUUUUCCCUGCCUGUAUGGGUAUUGAGAUCACCUCUGGAUUCGAUUCGCAAAUCAUCAACACCGGCUUUCUCGCCGCAGCGUACUCUCUCGGGGCUGUUCUGGCGCUCCCCGUUGUGCCAUGGAUCAAUCAGAAAGUUGGCCGGCGGUGGACCAUCAUGUUCGGAUCGUGCAUCAGUCUGGUGGGAGCCAUUCUUCAGGGUUUCUCCAAUGGAGCUGCCAUGUACUGCAUCGCCCGUAUCGUUCUCGGUUUCGGUAUCCCUUUUUGCAUUGUUGCUGGUUCCUCUAUGUUGGGUGAGCUGGGUUAUCCAAAGGAACGUCCGAUCCUCACGUCGCUGUUCAAUUCGUCCUACUUCAUCGGUCAAAUCACCGCCGCCGCUGUAGGGUUGGGGACGGUUACGAUUCCGUCAGACUGGGCAUGGAGAGUACCCUCUUUGCUCCAGAUUGCACCCGCUAUGGUACAGAUCGUGACGGUUAUGUUCCUCCCCGAGAGUCCGCGUUACCUGGUCAGUAAGGACCGCACCGAUGAAGCGGUCGAGAUCCUCACCAAGUACCACGCCGAGGGCGACCGCGACUCCGUUAUUGUGAAAGCAGAAAUUGCCCAGAUUGAAAGAACUAUCCUACUCGAGCGAGAAGAAUCCAAGCAAUCAUGGGGAGAUCUGUUCCGGACCGCGGGUAUGCGCCGUCGCCUCUUUAUCACUGCUUUCCUCGGACUGUUCACACAGUGGUCUGGAAACACUCUGAUCUCGUAUUAUCUGAGCGACUUGCUCGAUAUGGUGGACAUCAAGGACUCAGUCGUCAAAUCGAAGAUCAACGUCGGUAUCGCCUGCUGGGGUCUUGUAUGCGGAACAACCCUGGCCUUGACAGCUCCGCGUUUCAAACGCAGAACAAUGUACCUCACCACCGCCUGCUCCCUGCUCAGCGUGUACAUUGCCUGGACCAUCUCGAUGGAAAGGGCCAUGACCACCGAGACCAAAGCUGCUGCUGUUUUAACCAUCCUUUUCAUCUUCCUUUACUCGCCCGCAUAUAACCUGGGAUACAACGCCUUAACCUACACAUAUCUCAUCGAGAUCUUCCCGUACUUCAAUCGAUCCCGCGGCCUCUCGUGGUUCCAGUUCUACGGCCGUGGAGCCACUUUCUUUGCGACUUAUGUCAAUCCAAUUGGACUUGACCGCAUUGAGUGGAGAUGGCUGAUUGUGUACUGCUGCUGGCUGGCGUUUGAAGUCGUUUUUAUAUACUUCUUCUUCCCAGAGACAUCGGGACGUACGCUCGAGGAGUUGUCUUUCAUGUUCGAGGGCAGAGAGAAAGCAGAUGAGGUUGCUGCUGCCGUGCAUAAGCAGAUUGACGAGACGGAGCACAAGGGUGCGACGACUGAGAUUCGCGAGAAGGUGUAG